AUGCAAAAAACCCCUCGAUUAACGACGCGAAACCUCUUUGACGAGGUAUUUGCCACUAUUCCUGCAGAUGUAGUUCUGAACACCGGGCCCGCCUCUCUGAGGGAGAAAUACGCCCUGAUGGAGAGUAUUCAGGCUGAAAAUGAAGAACAAAAUACUGACGGCAUUACUUUUACCACUGAGGAAGGGGGCGACAACGGCUCUGCGGCAGACGACCCGGGCCCUAACGGUAAUUUGACGGAAGAAGGCAUUUUAGAUUUCAGCGCGGUAAUGCGCCAUGCAGCCAAAAGGACAGAGGAGCAGCAGCAUGGGGAUCAAGAGCAGGGAGGGGAAGUUCACCGUACGAUUGAUCUGCAGCUCGACGCUGAGGACGAGGCGGUGCAGGAGGCUAUGAAGUACGCUUCGUUGUUUGACGAUGUUGAACAGCCGCAACGUCAGCAGUCCGUUGGGGUUGACGCUGAUGGUAAUGAAGGUGGGGAUGGAAUUGUUAAUAACACUGGAGAUGGCGGGCCAGGCGUUGGGGCUUCCAGUAAAGGUACAGCAGGAGGGAUGUUUACUUCCUCGCACGGCACAAGACACCAUACGAUGCAACAUCAACAUCAACAUCAACAGACAAGUGGUUCUGCACAAAACGCGCCACGCAGGCAGCUUACGGCGGAAGAGCAGAUUGCGUUAAUGUGCCCUGGGGACGGGAGACGUCAUACAGGGCGUUGUGUGUUGUUCAGACAGAACAAAAAUUUUGGUUUCAUUGCGCCGGACAUAGGAAACCCAGAUGUGUAUUUCACACGGGAAAGCAUUGAAUUCACUUUCACUCGCCGUGUACUGGAAGCGUUUUUUGGCAUGCCGGUGAGCGCUAACGCGCAGCAUAGAGAAGGAGGAAGAGAUGACGGAGUGGAUAGCCGCCAGUCCCAUCGUCGCCAGCGCCGGCAUGGAAGUGAGACAGUUUCUAACACGAGUGGCACCAACAAUUGCAACAACGAGGGAAGUGGAAAUGAGGCCGUGCUUGACGGGUUUGCCAUUGCAGAAAGGAAUAUUGAAAGUAGUUGCACGGGUGAAGUUAUCAGGGAAGAGCAACCGGCUUUGCCUGUGGCUGAGACUAAUGCGGGUGGGGAAGUCUCGCUAGAGCAACCUCCAGAUUCCGAUACGGUGACCUCAAGAGGGGAUAAGAAGGGGAAUGGAGUUAAGGCGAUGACAACAGUUGGGGUUAGUGAAAUAGUGCAGACUGAAGAGGUUAAGGAAAAACCCGAUGAUGGAAGUGCGGGAAGUGGGGAUAAUGGUGGAACUGUUGCCAAUGCAGAAGCGAACGAUAUGAUCCAGAGGGCUGCUGCACUCCUUACCCCCGAGGCAGCUCGACUGCUUGCGCUCUUCCUACAAGUUGGUCAACCCGUUUUGUUGGUGGGGGAACCCUUGACAUUUACGGUGCGGUGGAACACUUCUGUUAACCGGACAAACAGACGGUUGCGAGCUGACAACAUCGGUGGUCUUCCAAUAAAUCAUCACGCAUUAGCGAUUGAGCAAUCUUGGUUUAGUUUCGUCUUUAAUCCUGGAGCCGAGCGCGGGCGAGACGGAAGGGGGAAUCGGAACCAAGGCGUGCCAACGGAAGGAUCGCCAUCAGCCUCAGCGGGGGAAAGUGUGCCCGAAGAAAAAAAAGGUGGUGCUGAAGAGAAGGUAUCGGUUCCCGGGAAGGAAGGGGGCCCAGAGACCGGGGAUGCGGUGCAGAAGCAAGGGGGAAAUGGACUAAUGGAAGGAGGGGAUAGUGGAGGUGUGACGGUAAAGGAAAAUGAGGGGGGGAAGAAGGAGAAGCGGAGGGAACGGGACAAAGGUGGGACAGGAAGCGAACGACCGGUUUGUUCUGUUCUUCGGCGCUAUCGCGGGGUUAUUUACGUUUACGAUGCGGAUGAGCACCGGGGUCACAUUCGCCCUGAAGUGAACGGCUCCUCAACGGUACAAUUUAGCAGUGAUGCUUUCCUAUGGGCGUCAUGGAUGGAGGCCGGCAGGCGUCGCCCCGCGGAAGGGCUCGUGGUGAAUUACUCUCUUGGUGGCACAAAUAAGGGUGGUAAACACAUUGCGACAUUAAUCACUGCCACUGACGACACUGCUCUGAGUGAUACAAACUUGGUGUGGGAGACGAAAGUGGCAAAUGAGAGAGCACUCAAUAUCGGCAGGACAGCUAGUGGUAAUGGCAGCAGAGUGGAGAACGGUGAUGGGGACCGGCGUAACGGCGGUGCCGGUGGUGCUACGGGCGCUGGUGGAAAUCGUGACGAAGGAGCAAAGGGGCGAAAGCGUGGACGUGAUGAAGAGUUACCAUUGCUGGAGGAGGACGACUACGGCAUCAUGUGA